AAACGUGCUUAUCUCGGAAAACGGAUUACGCCCCACGUGCUUCACUCCUUCUCUCUCUCAUUAGCCACAGAAGAAGAAGAAGGAGGAUCGGCCGAUCAACUCUCAUCAACACACACACACACACACAUACUUCCACGUAUCCUCUGAAUCGAGGAGGAAUCGGAGAUGGAGUCAACAAUGCUCUCAAUCAGCGCUUCCACGGCGUCGAUUUUGCUCCUCUCCAAGUCUCGCAAUCCCCAUUCUACCCCGCUCGUUGCUCACCUCCACCGCCGAUUCUCCUCCACUCUCCCCGUGCAGCUCGCUCACCUCCAGCUCAGGCGCUGCGCCGACGCCUCCGCCCGAUCCGCGGUGCUGCGCCCGAACCGGUCGCAGUUCUCCGCUAGGUAUUCGGCGUCGAGUGCGUCCGGCGGCGGCGGAUUUGGCGGAGGCGGCGCCGGAGGCGGAGGUGGAGGCGGAGGCGAUGGAUCGCCGGAGAGUGGCGAUGCUAAGCCUGGCGCUGUGGCUGCUGGAGCGGCCGAUGUUGCUGCUUUGAGUUCGGAUGUUAUUAUUCUGGAUGUUGGAGGGAUGACAUGUGGAGGAUGUGCGGCGAAAGUGAGGAGAAUUUUAGAAAAUCAACCACAGGUUUCUUCAGCUAGUGUAAACCUGACGACAGAGACAGCAAUUGUAUGGCCUGUUUCUGAAGCCAAGGCAGGACCAAACUGGAAAAAGGAAAUCGGAGAAGCUCUUGCAAAGCAUUUAAGCAGCUGUGGUUUCACAUCAAACCUCAGAGAUUUGAGAAGAAUGAACUUCCAUGAGACAUUUGAGAAGAAAAUGAAUGAGAAGCAUGCAAUGUUAAAAGAAAGUGGUCGCGGUCUUGUUGUUUCUUGGGCUCUCUGCGCUGUGUGCAUCUUUGGCCAUAUUUCUCAUUUCUUUGGAGCUAGCGCUCCAUGGAUCCAUGCAUUGCACUCGACGGGAUUCCAUAUGUCUUUGUCUCUCUUUACCCUGCUUGUUCCCGGGCGCCAACUUAUUACAGAUGGUUUGAAAAGUCUACUCAGAGGGGCCCCAAAUAUGAAUACUCUAGUUGGUCUUGGUGCUUUAUCAUCCUUUUCUGUCAGCACAAUAGCAGCCUUAGUGCCAAAACUGGGAUGGAAGACAUUUUUUGAAGAGCCAAUUAUGUUGAUAGCAUUCGUCCUACUUGGAAGAAAUCUUGAACAGCGAGCUAAGAUAAAAGCAACAAGUGAUAUGACCAGCCUUCUUAGUAUUAUACCAUCUAAAGCUCGUCUUGUGAUUAAUGGUGAUGAAGAAGAGUCCAUCUCAACUGUUGAAGUACCUUCUAACAGUCUUUCCGUGGGAGAUCAUAUUGUUGUCUUGCCUGGUGAUCGCAUACCAGCUGAUGGAAUUGUUACAGCAGGCAGAAGCAGUGUUGAUGAGUCGAGCUUUACUGGGGAACCUCUUCCUGUCACUAAAUUACCUGGGGCCGACGUUGCAGCUGGAAGCAUAAACCUAAAUGGAAAAAUUACCAUUGAGGUUCGCAGGCCAGGUGGUGAAACUGCAAUUGGAGAUAUUUUCCGAUUGGUCGAAGAAGCACAGACCCGAGAAGCUCCUGUACAACGGUUGGCUGACAAGGUUGCUGGACAUUUUAGUUACGGAGUAAUGGCGCUUUCUGCUGCCACAUUUAUGUUCUGGAAUCUUUUUGGUUCACGAAUUCUUCCAGCAGCUAUUCACCAAGGAAAUACCAUGUCAUUAGCAUUGCAGCUCUCAUGUAGUGUUUUGGUUGUGGCAUGUCCUUGUGCUCUUGGGUUAGCAACACCUACAGCAGUUCUGGUUGGAACAUCACUGGGUGCUACAAAAGGGCUACUUUUGCGUGGUGGAAGUAUCUUAGAAAGAUUUUCAUCUGUUAACACAAUUGUAUUUGAUAAAACAGGGACGUUAACAAUUGGAAGGCCUGUUGUGAAAAAAGUAGUGACACAAGGCUCUCAGGCCGAUAAACCUCCAGAGUUAAAUUCUGCUUCAAAUUAUAACUGGUCUGAAGUAGACAUUCUGAAGUUGGCAGCUGGAGUCGAAUCAAGUACAAUACAUCCAAUUGGAAAAGCAAUUGUUGAGGCUGCAAAGGCUCGGAACUGUCUGAAUGUAAAGGUAGCCGAAGGAACUUUUUUUGAGGAACCUGGAUCUGGAGCUGUGGCAACUGUUGAUAUGAAAAAGGUAGCUGUUGGUACGAUGGAAUGGGUUCAAAGGCACGGAGUAGUUGGUGAUAGUCCUUUCCAUGAAGCUGAAGAGUUUAGAAAUCAAUCAGUUGUGUAUGUUGGUAUAGAUGGUAUUCUUGCUGGAGUAAUUUAUGUCGAGGAUCAAAUCAGAGAAGAUGCCAGGCAUGUGAUAGAAUCAUUGACUCAGCAAGGAAUCAAUACAUAUUUGCUUUCUGGUGACAAAAGAAGUGCUGCUGAAUACGUGGCUUCUGCUGUUGGUAUUCCAAGAAACAGGGUUUUGUCUGGAGUCAAACCUGAUGAAAAAAAGAACUUCAUUAGCAGACUUCAGGAAGGCCAGAAUGUUGUUGCUAUGGUUGGUGAUGGAAUCAAUGAUGCAGCUGCCCUUGCAUCAUCUCAUGUUGGAAUUGCCAUUGGUGGUGGUGUUGGGGCUGCUAGUGAGGUGUCCUCUAUUGUCCUAAUGCAGAACAGGUUGUCCCAGUUACUUGAUGCACUGGAGCUGAGUAGACUUACCAUGAAAACUGUGAAGCAAAAUCUUUGGUGGGCAUUUGCAUACAACAUUGUAGGAAUCCCCGUAGCAGCUGGAACGCUGCUGCCUGUGACCGGAACCAUGCUAUCACCUUCGAUCGCAGGGGCACUUAUGGGGUUGAGUUCAAUUGGUGUGAUGUCGAACUCAUUGCUUCUCAGAAUGAGGUUUAAAUCGAUAGGGAAAGAUAUAUACAAGUUACCACUUUACGUCAAGCCCCCUUCAGACGCUGAGAAAACUGGGGACGGAGAAGCAAGAUUGCAACACCCGUAUCCAGCUGCUAGAUGAUAUGAGAUGAAGCGGUGAAUGGUUUUCUAAAGGUGUGGGAAGUCAAGUGGCUGAAUCUUGAAUCUUGCUAGCUCUAUAAAGCCAAGAUUAUUCAUUCUUUAGGGCUGUUUACUUUUGUGGGUUAGCUUUAUAGAUAAUAAAUUAGCAUAGGGUCGUUUACGUCGUGGUAUUCUCGAUACUUUUGAUCAUUUCUAUCAAAGUUAACAUUCAUUUA